AUGGCCGAUUUGCUUGGUCAAGGCGCCCAGCAAUGGGAGGGACUGCAGAAACAGCUGGAAGCUGUGAAAGAUCAAAAUGAGCGUUUACGGACAGAACUCGCGAUCAAGGACGCGGAGAUCAAACGCACGCGCAUGCCUCGUUUGAUUCAGCUACGGGCUCAAGGCGAUGCAGACUAUUGUGACAUUGACGAUGUCAAGACGGUGCGACAAAGACUGGACGAUCGGGAUCUUGUUCUGCGGGAGAUGAAGGAUAUGAUUCGCCGCAAACCCUCGGGUGUGCUGGGCGAGAAAUUGAGGAAGCACGAGUGGARAAUGACCGGAAUCGCGGACUUACCACCGGUCACUUUGUGGGAGGAAGAGGAAUUGAAGAGGGAGGCAGAGCAAGGCAUUGAAGAUAGACCGGUUGAGAUUGAACGCUCGCCUCCCGCGAGUCCCGGACGAGCCACGCUGAAAGGGAAGAAGGAAUCUCACGCUUCUGCCGUGAAGCAACCUGACUCGGAACUCACACGACGACUCCUACAUACUCCUCAAAGCAGUCACCAAGAUCUACGCCAGCGGGAUAUAAGUGAAGACCAAAAGCCAGUGGGUCCACGACAGGAUACCGUGAUGAGGUCCGUUGAAGCUUCACCAGCACCUCUCGGUCACACCGCACGCAACAAUCGUCAAGCACAGAUACUAUUGAAUCGUAAGCCUGUCUGCGCUCAUUGCUGGAACAGCGGUCAAUGGUGCGACUCUUCAUCUGUUUGCACCCACUGCAAAGAAUCGGGAACAAAGUGCGUCUACAAAAAAUGUAGAUCAGGAAAUGCUUGCGGAAGUCCACGCUGUCUGUACAUCCAUCCCGAACAGUACAGACAUCAAGAAGCGAGCUGGAAUGUCGAGGAUGGAACUCUACGACACAAGCAUCCACUCGACCCGCGGAGACGCCAGAGUCUACAUGGCUCUGAUGGUACAUCCAACGGCUGGGAACGUCGCGCGAGCGGAAAGGUCUCUGGGAAGCGGACCCGUUCUCCACCAGGUCCCCCAGGACUGGACGCUACAGACGAGAAAUUCACUCGGAAGAGUGUAUGCGUGAAUUGCUACAACACGAGCACCCUCUGCGACUUCAACGGGCGUUGCAAUGCUUGUCGAGAUGCGAACUACAAGUGCGUGAGGAUCCACUGUAAACUGGGCUUGUCUUGUCGAGCGAAGAGAUGUCCGUGUGUGCAUCCUGGACAGUUUGAUCUGACGGAUACGACGUGGAAUGUCGAGCAUGGAGAUCUGUGA